AUGACGACAAGCGAAACAACCGAAAAAGGGGGCCUCGCCCCUCCUAAGGCCGCCGUUACCACUGAAACCACCAAGAUACUUGAGAAGGUGUCGAGUGAUACGCUGUCACCCGAGAAUAUAGCAAUGGGAUGCCGUGGCGGUCGCAAUGGUGGCAGUUCUGGCCUGUCGACGCCGACGAGCGUGACGGGGGCACCUCUGAACCCAUUCGACACAGAUAUUGAGGCCCAAAGCAAGAUGCACACAACCGACACGCGGGAACAGACGAGGCACUUCCUCGGGCGCUCGUCAACGAAUCUGGCACGUGGUGAGAGCCACGCCGCCGGCGCCAACGAUGACUGCCAAGUGUGGCCUGGCCAGGCUCACUGGAAAAGGAAGCACAAGGCGGCAAAGCGCAAGAACAGGAAUUGCAACUGCCUGGCGAACCUCAGCCGACGGAACCGGAUGAUUGUAAAGAUCUUCAUCGGUCUCUUGAUCAUCGCUACAGCAGUUGGAGUCGGCUUCGGCAUCAGCAAACCAUUGGGUGCGCCCAUCUGGAAACCCAACAGCCAAUAG